GAGGAUCCCCUCCCUCUGUGACGAGAUGAGGCCUGAUGCUUGAAGGAUCUCCUCCCUCUGCACCGCAACUUCGGCUGCUGUGAUGAUCUGCAGGGUUCGUGAUUGUCGACAGGUGGACAGCGACUUCGAAGAGGAAACAACUGUCCUGGAUGAGGUCCAGUUGGAUGUGCCAUUGGAUGAUGUGCCAGAUGUUCCACAGCUGCCAGUCCUCCUUGAUGUCCAGAAUGCUGCUAUCAUCCUUGAGGAUGUGCCAGAUGUGCAGACUAUCCUUGAGGAGGCCACUGGCAAUUGGCAGUUGAUUCCGAUUAGGUUCAGCCCCCUGUACUGUGGGCCUGUUGUGAUCAGGGUGGUGGUGAGGAUGCACCACGUGAAUAGGGUGAGAGGCCUGGAGACUCAACUGGUGUGGGCCAUCUCCAAGGAGACAGCCAGGCUUAGUCCAAAAGGCAUCCCCUACUGUGCCACCAAAGUGCAGUCCAUCACUUGGAUCCAGCGUGUGGCUGGCAGGGUGACCCACUAUGUGUCUCACCUCCGCCACGAGACGUCUGUGGACGUGACGCUUGGCUGCUACCAGCAGACUGAUGUCUCAGUGGUGUACGCCACUCUCCACAUGGGGCUGGACGGGCUUCUCUCCUCUUCAGCGUGGUCGGAGGCUGCCUCCUUCUCUACGCCCACCACUCAGCAGUUCACUGACCCAGAGCCUGAGGGCCACAACUGCUAUGAGGGCUGGGAGGAGGACCUGCUGCCUGAGGAGAGGGAGGUUCCUCUGCUAAACCUCUACCUUACCACCAAGAGAGUGGAGGACAUCGCCCUGAGGCUCGUCUCCCUGCGCCAGGCCUUCACUACCCUGCUUGGUUCCACCCUGAGCAGGAACCAUCUGUUUGUGGCGGGAAAGGUCCUCCUGGGCGCACUGGUUCAGGCCAACCACAUGGACGGGGCCAAGUUCAUCCGUACUUAUAACGACUUUGUGGACUACCUGAGUGACCCCUCCAAGCGGAAUGACAUUGAGAGGGAGCUGGCUGAGGCAAAGAUCCAUCAUGUGAACAUGAUAGAUGUCGUCUUUGAGCUGGUGCUGUUAUGGAUGAUGACAGCUCAGAAGUCCCUGAUGGUGCACCCCGGUGGGUUUGUGGAGCGUCUGUACGCUCUCCUGUACUCCUUCCUGCCCACUGCUGCCAACAUGGAGCCAGAAACUGACAGAUACCUGCUGCUGCUCAAUGGCGGGCUGAUGGCUCUGCUAGAGGACAUGUUUGGCCAGCAGCUGGCCUGGUACUUUAACCCAGAGUCUCUGGUCACGGAGCUCUCCAGCCUCCUGGAGUACCACUUGGAGAACCUCAUGGCCAGCAUGUAGUCCUACUGCAGGGACCAUACUCCUUUCUCCUUCUCUCUCUCUUUUGAAGGAAUUAAGGACGUGCUUUGUUGAUCCCUGAUUAGUUAACACCCAUUAAUUUAAUGUAUUCUCUUGUUUUCUCUCCCCACAGGAUUCUUGUGACACUUUACCACCCAAGAGGGAUCCAGACACCAAUGCACUACAUUACUUUGCACUGAAUUUGACAUUUUUAAAUAAAAUAAGUUGUAGUUCAAAAACA